GUGGGCGACAACGACCUGGUGUACAUCUCCCACAAGGCCUUCGCCGGCCUGCUGGGCCUGGAGGACCUGACCAUCGAGCGCUGCAACCUGACCUCCAUCUCGGGCCAGUCGCUGUCCUACUUGCGCAACCUGGUGACGCUCAGGCUGCGGCACCUGGGCAUCACGGCGCUGGAGGACCAGAACUUCCGCAAGCUGGCCAGCCUGCGCGGGCUGGAGAUCGACAACUGGCCCUACCUGGAGUACAUCUCCCCGCUCAGCUUUCAGGGCCUCGACCUGUCCUGGCUGUCCAUCACCAACACCAACAUCACCUCCGUGCCGUCGGCCGCCUUCCGCAACCUGGCGCACCUCACCGCGCUCAACCUCUCGUACAACCCCAUCGCGGCGCUGGAGCCCUGGGCCUUCCGCGACCUGGUGCGGCUGAAGGAGCUGCACCUGGUGGGCACGGGGCUGGCGGCGGUGGCCCCCCGGGCGCUGGCCGGCCUGCGGCAGAUCCGCACGCUCAACGUGUCGGGCAACGAGCUGGUGUCGCUGGAGGAGGGCGCCUUCCACUCGGUGAACAGCCUGGAGACGCUGCGCGUGGACGGGAACCCGCUGGCCUGCGACUGCCGGCUGCUCUGGAUCCUGCAGCGCCGCCGUACGCUCAACUUCGACGCGCGCCCCGUGUGCGCCGCCCCGCCCGAGGUGCGCGGGAACGCCCUGGACGCCUUCUCCGACUCCGCCCUGUUCGACUACUUCACCUGCCAGAAGCCCAGGAUCCGCAACCGCAAGCUGCAGCAGGUGACGGUGCGGGAGGCGGAGCCGGCGUUGCUGGAGUGCCGGGCGGAGGGCGACCCCACGCCCGCCAUCGUGUGGAUCUCUCAGCGGCGGCGCAUCGUGUCGCGGGCGGGCGGGCGCGUGGGCGUGCUGCCCGGCGGGACGCUGGAGAUCCGCUACGCCCAGGUGACGGACAGCGGCACCUACAUCUGCAUCGCCAGCAACGCCGGCGGCAACGACACCUACUUCGCCACGCUGACGGUGCGCGGCCUGCCGCCCGACGCCGCCCUGCUGGCCAACCGCUCGUACUACGCCGAGCUCAACGACACCGGCCUCAACGGCACCCGCGUGUUCCUCAAGUUCACGCUGGACCUCACCACCAUCCUGGUGUCCACCGCCAUGGGCUGCAACUUCCUGGGCGUGGUGCUCUUCUGCUUCCUGCUGCUGUUCGUGUGGAGCCGCGGCCGCGGCCAGCGCAAGAACAACUUCACCGUGGAGUACUCCUGCAAGACGGAGGGCCCCGCGGCCACCAGCAGCAGCCAGGGCGGCACGCGCAAGUUCAACAUGAAGAUGAUAUGAAGUCACGCAGCCAGGGGUCCCUCUGGGGUGGCAUGAGCACGCUCUCAACUCUACCGCAGCGACACACAGCGCCCGCUCGCAAAGCAAAGUCAGGAACGCGCCGCGCUGCCCUGCUGCUGAAUACAGCUGUCGCCAGUU